UAGCCAAAUCAAGAAAUAAGCAGAGAAAUUCAUGACUGAACCAAUUGCAAGAACUAGCCAAGCUGGCAUUAAUUCAAAGACAAGACCUGCUGAAAUUCCAAGGUUGCCCCCCAAAUCUUUGAAGAAGCCUAGAGUAUUAAGGGUGGUUUGGUCAUAGCCUAAAGAUGAUUUCAUUUCACCGGAAUAUAGACCGUACAUGUAACUCGUGCCGUUGACAGACAUGAUCAGGAGUGAGGCGAAUACCGUGAACCAUCGGCCGGAAAGUAUUUGUAAGGUGAAGCUCUUCAUUUCCGUUCUCAAGCUGAAUUCACUCAUUAUUUUUUACUUUAAUUUAUGUGAUUCAAUUAUGGAGGAUCCUAAGGUAUUGGAAGAAGGAUUGGGUCGUACAAAAGUUGCAAAUGAUGAGAACUUCAAAGAGAAAUCAUUAGAUGGUGGCAUCAACGAGCAUGAUAAAGAGGAGACCAGUAUAUUAAUGGCGGAGCAGCCACCGGCGGUGAAGGCUAAGAGUAAGAGAGUCGCAACCUUAGAUGCAUUUCGAGGGCUUACCGUUGUGCUGAUGAUUUUAGUAGAUAAUGCUGGGGAAUCAUAUGCAAGGAUAGAUCAUUCACCAUGGAAUGGCUGCACAUUGGCUGACUUUGUUAUGCCCUUUUUCCUCUUCAUUGUUGGGGUUGCAAUUGCACUCGCACUCAAGAGAAUCCCAAGGAAGAGGGAUGCAAUAAAGAAGAUAGCUCUAAGGACAUUAAAGCUUCUGUUUUGGGGAAUUCUGUUGCAAGGAGGAUACUCACAUGCACCCAGUGAUCUUUCCUAUGGAGUUGACAUGAAACUUAUUAGAUGGUGUGGCAUUCUCCAGAGGAUAGCAUUGGUAUACAUGUUGGUAGCACUAAUAGAGACACUAACUAUUAAGCAAAGAGAAACUGUGGUGGAUCCUAACCAUUUCUCCAUCUUCACAGCAUACAGAUGGCAAUGGUUUGGAGGGUUUACUGCUUUCCUCAUCUAUAUGAUCACAACAUAUGCACUCUAUGUUCCAGACUGGAGUUUCAGUGUGCUUGAUGAUGAUGGAAAGAAUAUCAGAUACAUGGUUAAGUGUGGGAUGAGAGGGCACUUAGGACCAGCAUGCAAUGCAGUUGGCCAUGUAGAUAGGGAGAUUUGGGGAGUAAAUCAUCUUUAUCAGUUCCCUGUUUGGAGUCGCUUACAGGCUUGCACUUUUAGUUCUCCAAGUUCCGGCCCUCUCCGUGCCGAUGCCCCGACUUGGUGCCUUGGUCCUUUUGAACCUGAAGGCUCCUUGAGUUCAAUCUCAGCUAUCCUCUCUGGCACCGUUGGCAUACAUUACGGACAUGUUUUGAUCCAUUUUAAGGGUCACUAUGACAGGCUCAAGCAAUGGAUCUCAAUGGGGCUUAGCUUGCUUAUCCUAGCCAUCAUACUCCACUUCACAGAUGCUAUUCCAAUCAACAAACAACUCUACAGCUUCAGCUAUGUAUGUUUCACAGCAGGUGCUGCAGGACUUGUAUUUUCUGGAUUGUAUAUACUGAUUGAUGUUCAGGGAUUACGCACGCCAUUUCUAUUCCUGGAAUGGAUCGGAAUGAACGCAAUGCUAGUGUAUGUAAUGGCUGCACAAGGUAUAUUUGAAGGGUUUAUCAAUGGAUGGUUUUAUAAAUCAGAAGACAAUACACUUGUUUACUGGAUUCAAGAACAUGUGUUUAACAAAGUUUGGAAUUCAGAAAAGCUAGGAAAUCUCCUAUAUGUGAUAUUUGCUCAAAUCACAUUCUGGUCAGUAGUUUCAGGAAUCUUGCACAAAUUGGGCAUAUAUUGGAAGCUUUGACAAGUUUAACACUACUUGUAAAAUUGUCAUACAUGAUUACAAUAUACUUCAUGUUUAUUGUGGUUAUUCUCCAAGCUUUAUUCAAAUGACAGAUUAGUCCUUCAGUCUUUUCA